AAAUCAGCGUGCGGUUGUGUUGUGUUUCGUCGUUCGGUCUCUAAUUCCGAUUUUCGCAGCGAUUUAAAAACGCAAUAGAAAGUGCAUCAGCUAAAUCGCCGGACUGACAGAAAUAUUUGAACGGAGGUGCUCGUAAAACACGAGCAAAGUGUUUGUAGUGUGUUUGUAGUGAAAAGUUUGGUGUAAAAGUCAACAGAAUGGUUCGGUCGUUCGGGAAACUGUAGUAGCUGAUGCGACAGCGGCCAAGGGUUUCCGCUGCUAGGCCGCUAUUGCCGGUGUUUCGGUGUUUGCUUGCGGGAAGCUGAUCCCUGGAUGAUGAUGGAACCUGCUCACAAGCCGAAGAUGAGCCACGGUGAAUUGAUUCAUUCUUCGUUGAGGGUGGACGAAUCCUUGGACGAAGAUCUGCGAUCGAAAUCGGAAGCAUUCGGAGUCAGCAACGGCGAAGAUCACCGACAACUGCAGCAACCGACGGUGUAUCUCACCGAAACGUUCUACAUCAGCUCGAAGAAAAAUACCGUCUUCGAGGUGCGGCUCACCGACAAGGGUCUCUGUCUGAAGAAACAAUCGAACGGGUCGACCAAGGAGCAGACCAUCCCGCUGAAGGACAUCAUCGGUUGUCGCUGUUUACGCAGCAAGCGUCGCACGCGUGGUAGCUCCUCGUGUACGUGUGCCUCCAUCUCGAAUUCGGGCGCCCUCAAGGUGGUUGAGGAGAACUCGGGCGAGCAGGAUGAGACGGACGUGAGUGCAUAUCUCUACAUUUACGCGUACAUUCUGAAGCGCAACCGGCGCGGCGGGUUCCGCGAGCGUACCACCAUCACCCUGCGCUUCCGUUCGUUCGAUCGCUACGAGGACAACAACCGCGAAGCGCAAAAGUGGCGCGCCGCCAUCAAGUGUCUGAUCGCCGGUGAACCGGCGUUGCAGAAACACACAUAUCAACCACGCGAUACGCGCAAAAUGCUCGUCAUACUGAACCCAAAGUCCGGCUCAGGUAAGGCGCGGGAAAUGUUUCAGCAGCGCGUGGCACCGAUCUUUGCCGAAGCCGAAAUCCUCUACGAUCUGCACAUCACCAAGAAGUGCAACUGGGCGCGGGAGUUUGUUCGCCUGCGGGACAUCUACCUCUGGCGGGGGAUCGUCGUCGUCGGUGGCGAUGGCAUCUUCUUCGAGGUACUCAACGGGUUGUUCGAGCGGGAGGACUGGCAAACGGCCAUCGAGGAGUUACCGAUCGGCAUCAUUCCUUGUGGGUCCGGCAAUGGAUUGGCGAAAACGGUGUCCUUUUUAUAUGAAGAGCCUUUUGAAACGAAACCCGUACUGGCAUCAGCUUUAAUGGUAGUUAAGGGAAGACAUUCCAUGUUAGACGUAGUUAGAGUCGAGACCCGCACCAAUAUAAUGUUCUCUUUCCUCUCCGUGGGAUGGGGCCUCAUAUCAGAUAUCGACAUUGAGAGCGAACGGUUACGCGCCAUCGGUGGUCAACGGUUUACCGUGUGGUCUGUCCACCGAUUGAUCAGCUUACGGACGUACCAUGGGAAAGUAUCCUACAUUCCGGCACUGGCUAGCCAAACCAAUGGAACCACGAUGGCUAGCAGCCACACGAAUGGGCCGACGAACAACCGAUCAGGUGCGAUCGGAACACUAAAGCACAGCGUCAGUUACAACACCACGUUGAACUGCCGCGACUGUCGUGGGGGAACCGACGCAAGUAGCUGCGACGCCUGUGAUACGAACUUUAGUGACGUGCUUUCGCUGGAGACGGGAAUGAAUCUGGAUUCGUUUCGUCCUCGCAUCGACAGCUGGUACUCGGCAACGUCGCGCAAAAGCACCUACUUCUCGACGGUGGACAGCGUGUACGAGAGUGAUAAGGCUUCCAACGAUGGCAGUACCGGACAGCAGGUUGGCCCCAACGGUACCGGGCCGUUCGUACAAAUGUAUGGCCCACCAUCGCGAUUGCCAGCCUUAACGGCUGCUAUUCCCGACACGUGGACCACCUUGUCGGGCGAGUUCGUGAUGGUGCACGCCGCAUACCAGACACACCUCAGCACCGAUUGCUACUUUGCCACGCAGUCGCAUCUCAACGAUGGCAUUAUAUGGUUGCUGAUCAUUCGCGGAGGAGUUUCUCGAUCCCAGCUCCUAUCGUUUCUGCUGGGGCUGAGCAGCGGGACGCACGUUCCGCUGCAAGGGAACGAUUACAUCCAGAUGGUUCCGGUAACUGCCUUUCGCAUCGAACCAAACGGCACCAAUGGGCACAUGACGGUGGACGGGGAAAACGUUGAGUGUGGCCCGAUCCAGGGUGAAGUGUUUCCCAGCCUAGCAAAAGUGAUGGUGCCCAAGUAGACGGGACCAAAUCUGAGCAGAGGAUGGUUUGUUUUUGUGCUCUGUUUUCUGCGGCUAUUGGAAUGUUAUGGUGGAAUGUUUUUUUUCGUUUGUCAAACCCGUCCACAGCGGAAUGUAACAUUUGUUGAAAUUGAUUUGUUAUGCAGAACAGCGGCAGUCUUAUAGGUUUUAAGGGAGUAACGUGCGAUAGAUGAUUGGGGAGGGUUUAUACCUACAUCUUCUGGAUGGCAAAAACAAAAUGCAAAGAACAAGAGAAACGGCUGUUACCUAAAUGUGCUAGUUAUUUUUGUUUGGGUUGGGUUGAAAAUAAUUAAGUUACAUUCUAUAAAAAUCGAAACGUGUGCACACAAAACAUUUUUUUUUUGUGAGGCAGUCAUCGCAGAAUUCAGACAAUUCCCGAAAUUCGUGCCAAACUGAUUUCAUUCACCGGCUUUUCUUUCUUGGUAACUCCUGGUACCUAUCGACAACGAAAUGGCCCGGAACUGAUAGUGCACACAAAGAAUAGUGCAUAACAGGAUGCAUUUAAAUUGCUCGAAUCCAUUCCACGCGCUCCAUAUCAGUCGAGCACUUGCUAACAUGCGACGUAAACGAUAAGCAAUUGUACCGAUUUGCCAUCAAUUUAAAAAAAUCAAGAAAAGUAGCAAAACGGUUUACAAAACAAAGUAUUACCUAUUCCAAUAAGAUUAAUGUACAUGCGCAUCAUGAACGAUUCUGGCGCGAACACUAGCCUUUCCGGAUAGUGGCCGGGAGUUGGUAGGCGAAACAAGUAGAAUAGAAUAGAGAAAUCACGGAGGUGGAAUGAUUAUUGAGAAAAACCAUUUUAAAAAGACAAAAUACUUCAUACCAGUCACUAAAUCGUCGACAUGCGACAUUCAAAACGUGUCAAUAGUGCAAGCAAUUUAGCUAGUAGCGUACUAGGAAUCAAAUUUAUAAUAUCUUUCAAGCAUUACAAAAUAUAUUCAUAAAAUAAUACACCCAAUGAAUACAAAUUCAUUGUCACCAGUUUCCCGGGCAGUGCAUUUAUGGUUGCCCGAAGAUAUGAAGACGAAAGUAAAAUAUCUAAGGCGCGUAUAGGACGGAAUUACCGAAAGGCGGGUUGGCAGCGCUUGCCGAAAAGUACAUUGGCUUCCUGGGAGGCAACGGAUUGUUUCACAAACAAACAAGAGCCGAGAGUCGAGUGAUCUGCAAAUACCUCUACUUUAAGAUAAUCUUUUCGCUUCGAAUUCUGCCUGCAUUCUAGUCGAGGGGCGUACCAACGGCAAGCACCAUAGAUUACAGUUUCGAUUAAGCUGAACCACCAUUACGAAUGAUGUGUGGGUCGCAAGUAAACUUACUCGAGCGUAAUUACCAGUAGAUACGCACGUUCAUAAUUCCACAGUAAUUCCAGUUUCAAUGCGUGUAUAGCCGUCCAUGAGUCGAAGGCAGAAGUGAACAGAUUUUCAGUCGAUGCCGAUAAAAAUGAACUAUGACUGUGAUUCGUUACAUUGUGCAAUGCACGAAGGUCAAUUUCCUGGUUUUUUUCUUCCUGCCGUCCGAUGGCACUUUCUCUUCUGUUUGCUGCUGAGUAUGGUUUACAGUAAUUUUUGUUAUCAUUAAAAACUGAGGGAAAUUUUUCCAAUAAAGCGCACGGUGUGGUGGUUUACAACUUGC